UCCCACCGCGCCAACCAUCGCGCUCCCGACAAGCGCCGGCUGCAUGUACGGUCCCCCCCAUAACAAACUCAAGGCAGCUCACCAGGAUAGGUAGCAAACAGGUAGCAAGGUAGCAAGGUAGCAAGCUUCCGAAGCCAGCUCACAGCUACCAGAGGUGGCAUCAACAAAUAUCUUGAACGCUGCCGCCUGCUUAUUCGUUACUUGGCUCUCGCAGCACCAAGAGCUACAAUUAAGUACCUGACCCAUAACACCCCAAUGUAGCAGGGCUGCGAGAACAAGGGACCCGGUCUCACGAACCCCUGUCAAACUGGCGUCUGUCUGUCUGCCUUAGUCUGUUGUUGCAACCGCUGGUGCUCCAGCUUUUGGCUCUGCCUGUUUCUUUAAACCUUUCCCCCUCCAUUCUGACCAUUCUCUCUCUUCGGUUCGGCUUUUGGUGAGCUGGUUUAGUUGGACGAACUUGCUUGCUUGCUUCAUCGUUGGAGUGUCAUUGAGCCCUUCAUUCAGCAUCUGGACCUUCUGUUUGUUUCUACUUCACCAAUCUUUCCUUAUUGCUGUUCGACUGGAUCAGACUAGUCACGCAGCCUCCCGAUCCUAGCAUACUCGAUUCCAUAGGCCUCUUAACUGGCCGCGCGACCGCACAUCGACCGCCGACCGACAAGCUCAUCUUUUAACUCUUGCCGUCACGACCGCUGUUGGUAUUCUCGAAUCUAUCUCCUGCAUCAGAUUCCGAUUACCUGUCAACCUUGUGAUAGUUGCAUCGUAAGGCUUUCUUGCGUCGGUGCUUGAUUGGAGCUGUGAAUUGUCUUAAGGUCCACUCUGCCGUCGGAGCUCUCAACUACCAGCGCCAGGAUAGCUCAAUAUUUAGAAACUUCACGUUCCCGUCAUGGCCCUUGAAAUCCCUUUGAGGUCAUCGACUGGAAGCCUACAAUUCCCCUUCGUUUACCCUCAGACAGACAUGUCUGCGCCCACAGAGAAUGAGAGCCGUCGCUCUCCAUUCAGACCAUUCUCUUCCCCUCCUCCUGCUACCGAUUCGUCCUCACUUCGACCCAAUUCUGUCAAUCGCAUGUCAAGUAGCUCCUACAAUGUCAUGAGUCCUAGUGACAUUGUGGGUCCUUCUCCGGUCACAUCUAAUGGUACUGAAACGACCGAGAUCGAGGAUGAUGUCUCAGAGGAUAUUGAGAAGGAAGUUAGUGAUAGAAAGGCUACCCGACGGUCGGAGCUCUUAAUGCUCACAACUAACUUACCGGAGAGUGUGCGCCAGUCCAGCAACGAGGAGGCUAUUUCUGUCAUUCAUGCACCAGAAAGUUUUUCCAGCUGGGCUGCUCCAGCUGCCGCCGCACCUCCAGCCAUGGAGCACAAAGGGCCAAGUCCAAGGACAUCUCCAAAAUCAGAAGCUGAAAGCUUAGCCUCUCUCAAUGGCGGACAAGAGAAGACAUCGACUCAUCCCGUUCGACCUCCGAUUUUAACCGAUGUGAACCCUGUGCGGUACAGCAUCGACAGCGCCACACCCCGAGCUCAAGACCUGCAAUCCAUGCUGGACGAUGGGGCCCGGUUACGUUCGAGUAGUACGAGUAGUCUCGAGAAAAUCGACGAACAAACCGAGGCUGAGGGUGACGACGAAGACUAUGAAUCAGAAGCCAUGCCGAUACCACAGCAACAAGACGAGAUCGAGACUCUACGAACAACUCUUGCUGAGUGCUGGACGUUGUGCAACAGUUUGUCCAAGCUCAGUUCAAUCAAUCGUAACCGUGCUCUUGGCAAAAAUGGCAUUCCCGAUGCCCAUGAAAAAGCAUGGAGGACAUGCUGGAAACUUUGUCAGCGGCUGUACCACAGUCGAGAUGAGGACGUGAGCAAUUUCAAUGUCAAGGUCAACCUUGAUUUGUGUCGCGAUUUCUGCCAAGCGCUGUUUGAUGUCCGGCAACGUAAUGACGAAGCAGCGGACUCGGUUUUGCGUGUUAGCUUUGAGCUCAACAACCACCUCUAUAGUGCCCAGGAUGGUACCCUACCAGAGCAGUUCCGAGAACGCACACUGGACUUCUAUAUCGCGCUUUGCCAUCGACUAAUGAAGCAACGGAGUGAUCUGGCCGAGGAAACUGACCAGUUGCUCAGGGCCUGUUGGGCACUUGCAGAGAUGCUCUUCAAUCUCAGGCAGAACAGAAGGGAUGGAAGACCGCCAGAUGAGGAGCUUCUGAGCUCUACUGUCCAAGCCUGCUGGGAGCUCUGCGAUGUAUUCCGAGACAGCUGGACACAAGUUCGGCCUGAUAGAGGAACACCUCGAGCCGGACACGCAUUCCCUCAGCAUUUUAGUGAUCAGAGCGGCCGACAGAGUCGAGGAUCAAAUCCAUCUUCAGUCCAUUCGAGGCACGAUAGUGUCAAGAGUGGUCGGCAGGAAGAGAAACCAAGAAACCCAGCUGUUCCAGAAACCCCUGUAACCGAGUUCGAAGACACUCCCAUCUCUCCACAGAGUCGUUCGCCAACAAUGCCCAACAUCCUUGUCCUAGGUACUCCUAGUGACAAUAGCCGCGGUCGGUGGUCGAGUAGCGCGUCCAAUCUUUCUAGCUACUCAAAGAGCAGCACCAGGACUUCAAGCACAGCCACCACUACAGCUGCAUCAGAAGACGCAAACGUGACGCGUGCAAAGGUACUUGUUCUCCGAGCUGCUAUGAAUCUUGGCUUCAAUCGUGAUACCAUUCAUGAGCCCAAAGCUGCAGCUGCUGCAUUACAGAAAUUUGUGCAGGAUCUCCCUCCUGGAUCGUUUGGGUCCCUCAUCUCGCACUCAACAUUGCUAUCACAGUACAAAAACUCCGUCCUUACCGACGCCAUAAUUCCAAGACAUCACGCCUUGCCAGCCCGAGGCAAGCGCGUUACUGCCCAGGAGAUGGCCAAGAGUAUUCAGAUGAUGAUGAAGAGUUCCCAGCGGUAUGCAUAUCUCCGAGAUCUCUUCAAGGUUGUUUUCCAAUUCCCGGUUGAGGAGGUCGACACCCGUCGCAACGUCAGCAUUGUGGUGUAAACAUACUAUUCAGCCAUAUUCAUUUAUAACCUUCUAUUUCGACGCAAUGGUGCGUCGAAUUGCCUAUACUUAUGCCACGUUACGUCUAAUGUUAUUUCAUUCUGAAGAGUUUUUGGGAGUCGAGUCACAAGGAUUUAGGGGCUAUUCUAUGCCAGCAUGCUUUACGCAAACAUCACAAUUUUUGUAUUGGAGAUUGGGGAGGCAUUCUGAAGAGAUUUAUGCGGUGGUCUGUUCGUUUCUACUUGCACGAGAUACCCUGUUGGAAAGCUCUAGCGGGCGAGUUGAUGAUAUGAGAGCUGGAGGGUAAGGCCAGAAAUAUUUGGAUAAAUCAGAUCUCCAAGCUUGUAUCAAGAUAUUAUGAUUUAACGUAUAGCACGAGUGGAUUGAGAUAAGUGCAAGCUAUUUAAUUCGUUAUGCUAAGUGAUCUAAGAACUAGGUAUCCAAACCGAGUCUCUGUCUAUCUAGUUCUGUGG